UUGUGGUCUCGCGAGAUGUCGUGGGCAGUUCUCGUUCGCUCCGCCAUCGUCGCUGCUCUUUGCAGAAGGGCACGAAGAGACCGAAGCAAGGUGCCCGUUGUUCCGAACGACUUGCCCCUUCCUUCAUCAACCAUGCUGUCCAGGCUCGUUCUCAUUUCAGCUAAUGCCUUGAAAGGCAGCGGCCCCCUCGGAGCUGGUGUGGUCCAGGCAUCUCGCUCCCUGCACUCAUCAUCCCAGAGUCUGGCCCCGGUUCCCUCUCUGCCAGAGAAAGGAGGCAAAGUCCGUCAUGGCAUCAUUCCAGAGGAGCUUUUCCAGCUCUUGUACCCCAAAACUGGAGUGACAGGACCUUACAUGCUGGGCACGGGCCUCCUCAUCUACAUGCUCUCCAAGGAAAUCUACGUCAUCAACCAUGAGACAUUUGCCGCUGCCUCCAUUGGCGCUGUCAUCAUCUACGGCAUCAGGAAAUUUGGUCCCAGCGUCGCAGCUUUUGCCGACAAACUCAACGAGGACAAAGUGGCCAAAGCUCAGGAGGUGAAGGACUUGGCCAUGUCCAGCCUAACUCAGGCGACUGAGGAUGAGAAGAAGGAACAGUGGAGAGUCGAGGGCCGAUCAAUGCUAUUUGACGCUAAAAGGAACAAUGUAGCCAUGCUGUUGGAGACCAACUACAGAGAGAGGCUACACACGGUGACCAAUGAGGUGAAGAGGCGCCUGGACUACCAGAUUGCCCUGCAGAACCUCCAGCACCGCAUGGCUCAGGAGCACAUGGUCAACUGGGUGGAGAAGAACGUCGUGAGCAGCAUCACCCCUCAGCAGGAGAAGGAGAGCAUCGCCAAGUGUCUCACAGACCUGAAGGCUCUGGCCAAGGCCACUCAUGCCAAAGCGACCGCCUAAUCUGUCAAGUCCCGAGCGCCACUUGAACCCCCAACUCAUUGUUCCAAGACGAGACGGGCACUUUUUCUUUUACAGAAUAAACUAUUUGCCCCUUAUAGUCGGUCUCUUAUGGGUGUGUACAGUAUUUCCACAUCAAAUAAAUGCUUGUCUUUACUGAACCUCAA